AUGAGUUCAGUCCCACAGGUCUCAUUUGAAAGCUACGUGCUGAAGGUUGCAGUUGUCAUGGGUGGUGCACAAGGAAUAGGCUAUGCUAUCGUCCAUAGAUUGGCGGACAAUGGUUUUGAUGUUACCAUCAAUGAUAUACCGGCAAAGAAGAAAGAGCUGGAUAUUGUCGUUGAAGAGGUUCGCAAAAAGGGCCGACGUGCAAUUGCCGUCCCAGGUGACGUAUCCUCUGAACCUGAUGUUGUCGCUCUAGUCGAGAAUCAUCAGGAAAAAAUGGUUGCAAACGCAGGGAUCGUCCUACACAGUGGGUUCCUUGAAUUUUCUGUUGAGAAAUUGGACGCCACUCUUGCUGUGAAUGUUUGCGGAGUUUUCCUCUGUCUCAAGCAGGCAGCUCUGCAAAUGGUGAAGCAAGGACGUGGUGGAAGGUUGUGUCAGGAAAAAGUCAAAAUCUAUAUAUAA